AUGGCGGCGCCCAGCUUACCCACGCCAAUGCACGGGCACGUGGGCCGCGGCCGCUUUCGUGAUGUGUACGAGCCCGCGGAGGACACGUUCUUGCUGCUGGAUGCGCUCGAGGCAGCGGCGGCCGACCUGGCCGGAGUAGAAAUAUGCCUUGAAGUAGGGUCAGGAUCUGGCGUAGUUUCAGCAUUCCUAGCCACUAUGAUAGGUCCUCAGGCUUUGUACAUAUGCACUGAUAUCAACCCUGAGGCAGCAGCUUGUACCUUGGAGACAGCACACUGUAACAAAGUCCACAUUCAACCAGUAAUUACAGAUUUGGUAGGAAGUCAAGGAAUAGCGGCAGCCUGGGCUGGUGGCAGAAACGGGCGAGAAGUCAUGGACAGAUUCUUCCCAGUGGCUUCAGAUCUCCUUUCACCGAGAGGAUUAUUCUAUUUAGUUACCAUUAAAGAAAACAACCCAGAGGAAAUUUUAAAAACAAUGAAGACAAAAGGUCUGCGAGGGACCACUGCACUUUCUAGGCAAGCAGGCCAAGAAGUCCUUUCAGUUCUGAAGUUCACCAAGUCCUAACAGACAGUGCGUUCUGAGCGCCCCUGGAAACAGUACAUUCAGCACGUUUUUGGAACUGAAGUCAUUCCUUGUUAGUCAAGGAAUGACAUUUGAGUCAUUUCAAAUUUCUCAAAAGAAAUUUAGAAGAAGAAGAUGGAAAGGUGGGGUAUUUCCUUUCACCCAGGAAUCAGGCCUACAGAGUUAUUUGCACAAGUACAAGCAAAUAUGUGUAUGAUAUUUAUAUUUUAUAUAUAAAAGGUACAUAUGAAAGGAUGUUUAUUUCAGCAUUGUUUGUAAUUGCAAAACAACAGAAUCAACUUAACUAUCCACCAGUAAGGAGAUUGGUUAAAUAAAUUGCAGCACGUUCAUUUGACUGAACUCACAGCCAUUGAACAUGAGUCAGUCUGUAUACACUGUACCAGAAGGGGGUCCAUGAGUGAAGAGAUGAAGUUGCAGAAUGAUACUUUGCUAUAUGCAUAUUUUUAAAAAAAACAACAGUGAAAGAUGUUUGCGUAUAUAAGUGCGUCUUGGAAUUAAUAGAAAAUGGGAAUGGAGGCGCUUUAGUGGUGGCCUUUGAUUUGCACAGUGAUAAUGUUGGAGAAUGACAGUGGAUUUUCAUAAGCUUAACCAGGUGGUGACUCCACUUGGAACUCCUAUACCAGAUGGGGUUUCAUUACUGAGCAAAUUAACACAUCCCCUGGUGACUAUUUUGCAGCUAUCCGUCUGGCAAAUGUGUUUUUCUCUAUACCUAUCCUAUCCUAAUCCCCAACAGAAGCAGUUUCCUACUAAAGUUUAGUCAGAUUUAUUUCCUGCCCUCUGACAUGUUUUGCAGGUAAGUCUAGAAUAGUUGCUACUUUGACUUCAUUUAGUCCAGUCAGCAAAAUGUCAUCAAUGUAAGAAGUCAGUAUGAUCUCAUGAAGGGAAAGGUGAUCAGAAUCCCUGCAAACUAAAUUAGGACAUGGAGCUGGAGAGCUGAUACACCACUGAGGCAGAUGAUAGCAUCCCUAGAGUUCAUCAUUCAGUAGGUCUGGGGUGGCACCAGAGAAUGUGCAUUUCCAACAAGUUCACAGGUUUGAUAAAUGGUAGUCCACAAAGAUAUCAGGGCCUAAUCCCUAGAAUCUGUACAUGUUGUUUUACAUGACAAAAAGUGACUAUUAUAAAUCAAAAGAUGUUAUUGGAGAUUUUGAAAUGGGGAGAUUAUCCUGGGUUAUCUUUGUGGACCUUACAUGCAGUCAUUUACAUCCUUUAAGAAGGAGGCAGAAGAUGAUGGGAUUGAUCAUGGAGAUAGUGAUUGGAGUGACGUGAUUAAGAAGUGUCAGCAGCCAGCUGGAGAGGAAAGGAACAGGUUGUCUCCUAGAGCUUCAGGAGGAGGUGUGGCUCUGCUGACAUGGUAAUGUUGGUCCAGUGGAAUUUAUUUCAAACUUUGGGGGAGAAUCUAUUUCUGUUCCUUGAAGGCACCACAUUUGUGAUAAUUUGC